UUUCAACGAUCAUCUAAUCGUUGAUCUAUAUUAUAGAUUCGAGCAAAUUUCGUCUAAUCAAACUGCUGAAGUGAUAGUCAUGCUAAACGAAAUAGAAAAAUAUUUUCUAUUCAAUUUGCGACGAGAAUUUUAUCAUCAAACAAUGAAAUACAAUACAACACACUUCUCUUUGAUUAUUAAAUUGUACACUACUUCUGGUACAACUAGCAUCAGUUGGACUACGGAUGAAAGUUAUACGUUAAAUGUUUUGAUAGAAAACAGUACUACAGUUGUUGCAAUAAUAGAAGCAAAUACUAUAUUCGGCGCACGUCAUGGCUGUGAAACUCUGUUGCAAUUAUUUACCACAGUGAAUGAAGAAAACUCGACUACAUCACUGCAUAUGCUAUCGCAAGCAAUCAUCAUAGAUCAACCAACGUACCCGCAUCGCGGGUUGCUGAUCGACACAGCUAGAAAUUAUAUUCCCACAAAAUGUUUAAAAAGGCAACUGGAUGCAAUGGCUGCUAGCAAAAUGAAUGUAUUUCACUGGCAUGUGACCGACACACAAAGUUUCCCAAUACAGUUGGAAAGCGUUCCUGAAAUGACAACAAAUGGAGCAUACUCUGCCGAAGCAAUUUACAGUCCUAGCGACGUAAGAAAAAUAAUACGAUAUGCAAAGUAUCGGGGCAUACGUGUAAUUUUUGAGCUUGAUGCACCAUCGCACGCUGGCAAUGGAUGGCAAUGGGGACCUGACAAAGGGCUAGGAAACCUAGCUGUGUGUAUUAAUCAGAAACCAUGGCGUAAUUUUUGCAUCGAGCCUCCAUGUGGUCAAUUAAAUCCAAUCAAUCUAAACUUGUAUACUGUAUUAAAAGAUAUUUAUUAUGAUUUGGCUAGGAUGAACAAAGAUGAAUUGAUUUUUCACAUGGGAGGCGAUGAAGUAUUUUUCGGUUGCUGGAAUGCUACAGAAGAAAUCGUAACUUAUUUAAGGAAUCAUGGAAUGGGUCAGAAUAAUGCAGACUUUCUAAUGCUAUGGAGUGAGUUUCAAGAUAAUGUACUACGCUUAUGGGACAACGCGCUACAUCUAGCAACUAUAAAUAGAACUGGGAGUUCGACAAUCAGUGAAAAUAGAGUUACUAGUCCAGUAAUUGUAUGGUCCAGUCGCUUAACAGAUCCGUCAGUGAUUGAACAAUUUUUGCCAAGUGAGCGUUAUGUCAUACAAACAUGGGUGCCUACAGCAGACAAUACCCCACAACAAUUACAAAAGUUAGGCUACAAGCUCAUAAUUUCAACCAAAGAUGCUUGGUAUCUUGAUCACGGUUUUUGGGGUGUAACUUCGUACUAUAACUGGAAAAAAGUGUACGACAAUAAAUUACCUAAGGGUAAUGGCACUUUGGGCGGAGAGGUUUGUGUAUGGACCGAAUUCAUUGAUGCGUAUACAAUUGACGAUCGAACUUGGCCACGAGCAGCAGCUGCCGCUGAGAGACUUUGGUCAAAUCCAACAACUAAGUCGUUAGACGCAGAGUCACGGUUUUUUCGUCAUCGUGACCGCCUUAUCAGCCGUGGGAUAAAACCGGAAGCUAUAGCGCCGCAAUGGUGUCAGCAAAACGAAGGUCAAUGUCAUUAAACAUAACAACAAAAUUCUAUUUGUGUAGAUAGUAUAAGGGUAUUUUAAACUGUAUGUAUUUUUAACUGUAAAUAGUAUAAGCUUAUUUUAAACACCCGGUCCACAUAUCCUCCACGCUUGGUAGAGGGAGAUGGCACUAACUACCAGCAUAAAAAGGGGGACGAGGACUGUUGCACAACAUAAUAUAAGAUAAGAUAAAAUAAGAUAGAUAAGAUGCUUAUAAAAUUAUUGAUUUUUAUUGAACUUAAUAAUGAUAAAUCAGAUAAUUUCCAUUGACUAA